AUGCCGUCGAAAAAGGGUGGUGGCAAGGGAGCUGCUGGAAAUGGCACUUCGGAAGGAGGUGGUUUGGUAAAGAAGGAAUCCAAAGGUGGUACCGCCGUCAAAGUCAGACAUAUUUUAUGCGAAAAACAGGGAAAAGCAAUGGAAGCCAUCGAGAAAUUGAAAUCUGGUUCAAAAUUCAAUGAAGUAGCUGCAAAUUACAGUGAAGAUAAGGCUAAGUUGGGGGGUGAUCUCGGUUGGAUGACUCGUGGAUCAAUGGUGGGUACAUUCCAGGAUGCAGCAUUUGCUCUUCCGAACAGUACUGUCGAUAGGCCUGUAUAUACUGACCCACCAGUGAGAACACAGUUCGGUUAUCACAUCAUCAUGGUUGAAGCUAAAAAGUGA